GGCCGCGUUCACGCUAAUGUGCCCGCGACUAUAUUCCCACCUACCGCCCUUACCUGCUCGGGCACGAGGAAGGAGGAGGGAAGAGGAGAAGAAGAAGGAGAAGGAGAAUGAGAAUAUAGAUGAGGGAGGGAGGAGGGAAGACGGAAGGAGUGAAGGUAAGAAGGAGGGAGUUGUGAUAGAGGGAGGAGAGGAGGAGAGGCGGCGGGUGGACGUGGCGGCUCCGGUGGAGAAGCUGUGAUUGACGGACAGCGAAGGGAAGUGCAGCGGCCAUGAUCCGGACCAGCAUCAGGCUGGUCUCUGUCAGCUGUGUGUAAGGCUGAGCUGAGGGGGGGCCACAUCUCUCUCACGUUGAAGGCUCCAUUCAUCUCCCCAGGACUGGAAGCUCGGUUGUUUGUUUUUUUUUAAGGACAGUUUGUUGCCAGCCGUCAUCGUCGUUCUCAUUAGAGUCAGGUGGGGAGGAUUAGCUCCGCCCCCUCACCAUGACAGACCUGGAGAUGGACUGUUUGAGUCUGGGCUUGUCCACCGACUGCAGCUCCCCUCGGGGCCUGGACCCCUCCCUGCAGGCGGACUGCAGCUCGGGUCCUGCCGCCUCAGCCCCCAUUCCCUCCCUGGCCCUCCUCUCCUCCGACUGCACCACGCCCACGCUGAGCUCAUUGGCGGCGGAGAUUGCCGAGCCUCUGGUGAUGCUGCCGUGCGUGAAGAGCGAACCCGAGGAUGAAGACCUGGAGACCAUCAGGACUGUUGACCUGUCGGAGAUUCAGCCUCUGUCCACGGCCGAGCUGGGGCAGGACCAGAUCAAGAUGGAGAUCAGUGGACUGGACUACAUCAAGUCUGAACAUCACGGCCACCAUCAGAACCAGCAGCACCACCUGGAUCAGUUUCAUCACAGCGACGUUCCAGAGUUAGACUACAAGUCCCCCUACGAGCCCAGCUCUGUCUUCGACUACAUCUCUCAGGUAACUGAUUCUCUGGACUACAUCAAGUCUGACCACCAGGUGGACCUGCAGUGUUACUACACCACAGAUCUCAGCUCCCUGAAGUCAGAGUACCCCGAGUCCAACGGCAUGGCCGCCCACCUGCAGCACAACGGCCUAGAGUCCAUACACAUGGCUGAGCUCCGUACGGAGCUCAACAAGCUCCGCCCUGACACCCUGCUCCUGGACGGUAUAGGCAAACUGGACCCUGAGUUCGGAGGAGGGGGACAGUACGACCCGUCUGCCGAGGACGGGAAGGCGUCGGCUGGGUCGUCUGCGGGUGCGACCGGACCAGGGUCGGGAGGAGGAGGUCGAGGCAGAAGUCUGGCCGUCAACAAGAAGAGUCUGACUGUGAGGAAACCUCGGAACAUGCAGGGGGAAAAGCCCUUCUCCUGCACGCAGUGCGGGAAGAACUUUAGCACGCUGGGGAACCUGAAAACACACCAGCGCAUCCAUACAGGCGAGCGCCCUUACACCUGCUCACAGUGCGGCAAGAGUUUUGGUCAGGCGGGGAACCUGAAGCGACACCAGCUGAUUCACACGGGCCAGAAGCCCUACGUGUGUGCACACUGCCCCAAAGGCUUCACCAAGGCCGACGACCUGCGCUCACACCAGCGCCUGCACACGGGCGAGCGGCCCUUCAUCUGCCUCACCUGUGGCAAGAGCUUUGGCCAGUCCAAGGAGCUAAAGGCGCACCAUCUGAGCCACACGGGCGAGCGGCCCUACUGCUGCCUGCACUGCGGCAAGAGCUUCAGCAAGGAGAUGAGCUGGCGCAACCACGUGCAGAUCCACACGGGUGAGAAACCCUUCACCUGUUCUCAAUGCGGCAAGACUUUCAGCAACUCAGGCGUCCUGAAAACCCACGAGAAGAUCCACAGCGGCGAGCGGCCCUUUGGCUGCACGCAGUGCGGCAAGAGCUUUGGCCGCCUGGGCCACCUUAAGGCGCACCAGCAGAUCCACACGGGCGAGCGGCCGUACGCCUGUCCUCACUGUGGCAAGACUUUCAGUCAGUCAGGUCACCUCAAAGCACACGAGCAGAUCCACAGACGAGAGCGAUCGGACACAGCCAGCAGCAGCAGCAGCAGCAGCAGCACAGUGGGGAGUGACAGCAGCUAAGGCCACGCCCCCCCUUUAACCUCCCAGUUAAAAACAAAGUAUUAUCUUUUUUUUUUUUUUUUUUUAAUUCUGUAUCUAUGAACUGUUUUCUACUUUUAAAUACCUUUGUGCUCUUUUACAUUCUACAUGUGGGGUCUGUUGGGAAUUUGGGCGGGGCCUGUAAAAAGACCAUCAUUCCGGACUGAUGGAGGAGAUAACUCCCCCCCUUCUUUUUUAAGAAUUUAAAAAAAAAAAACCACACACACAAUGCUUAGUUUCUUGGUUGCCUGCCUGCACCAAUGUCCUGGUUGGAAACACUUCAUCCUCUCGUUGCUCAUUGUUUGUGUAGUGACACCAGAGCAGGGUUUUACCUGCAACAGCUCCAGCAGUCCUGACUUAUGUGAUUCCAGAUCCCGAUACUGUGGCCUUCAUGUUCCGAUGAUCCCAGCAGAACUUCAGGGUCAUCACUAAAUGUUAAGCCCAGGUCCCGUUUUUUUACUUCACUCAGUAAAUAAUGAAUUUGAAAAGAAAAAAAACAGUCCACAAACAUUGAACCCUGAGCCUUCUGGUGACAGGGGGCGCUGCCACUACAGCACUCUAACCUCUAAAAUUAGAUUAAAAAAUAACGAGAGUUAAAAAUAUUUAUAAAUGAACAUUUAGAAUAAAUGUUUUAAAUCAAACUUUAAGUAACAGAGUAAAUUAAAAGGACUAUUUAACACUUAAAAGCGGCAUUUACAGGAGUUAGUUAUCUCAAUUGUUUAAUAUCACAACUUCUAAUCGAGUUGGAAUCAUGGCCAAGUUUGUCCAGCAGAGUGUGCUGUGUCCUCACUUUCAGUGCAGUACCUUCAUCCAACUUUUGAAAAGCACUUACUUUGUUUUAAAGCUAAAUAUAUAUGUUUACAGUUUAAAAAAAAAAGAACAGAUUUUUGUCAAUUAUGAUUUUUUUUUUACAAAAGUGACCUGUAGGAGAAGUUUGUAAUUAUUUUAUAAACUGUUUAUAAACUAGGUUUUCACAAACAGUAGGAUAAACUGUCAACACCUUUAGGUCUGUGAACCUGGACUAGGGAUCCCGUCUGUUUCUGUUAUGAAACGAGGGGGUGGAGCUAAAGUGACUUGGACUAGUUUCACACUGCAGGUCUCUUAGGAUGUGGGUCAACGAGUCAUAUGUGGACCACAAAGACCUGCAGUGCAGUGUGGUCUUAGUCUACGCACAAUUGGUCCAGUUGUCGGAGGCCUCAGGAAAUAUGACCCGAGAACCUAGUAACCAACUACAGUACUGGUAACUACAGCUUGGAUUCUGGGACCAAAACAAACAAAGUACCAAGUUGUUACUGCCAGAAACAGGAAGUUGCUGCUUUUACCCCACGUGUAGAACACAUCAGUAUUGUUUGAUUCCAGGUUCAACCUCGAGACCUAAUCUUUGUUGGAGUUUUCUCUCAGUUGCCAAAUGAACUGAACAGUGUUGAUGUGAACAGGGUAGUGUUUUAGUUUUUUUUUCACACAAGUUCAGUAGCGUCUACUGAAGCCCAUCUUCAAUCGGACAAUGCCCCCCCGUCACAUCCCCUUCCCAUUUUCCUGUAAACCAAUCAUCCUAUGACCCUUGACCUGACACUAGUGACCUUGGUUGGAAACUGAUAAAUGUUUACAGAUGUUUGAAAUCAAGUAAUAAUUUUUACCACAUGCAGACAUUGUCACCCCCUGGUGGCUAAACACUAGUUAACUCCUGCUGACAAAUAAUGUUUAAAAAAUGAUUGAAACAUUUUUUUUUGUUUGUUUGUUUUAGUUUGACAAAAUGUCAAUCUCAUCAGCUGGAUGGACUCUGUUUUUUUUUUUUUCUAGACAUCAGUUCUUCCCUGUGGUUGCCAUCGGUACUACUACGUCUACUUUUAAUUUUAUCCACGUGACAAUGUUUCCAGUCUGUUCCUGUGUGUCAGAUCAGUGGCGUGUUCUUUUUAGAACACCUGGAGACCACAACAGCCAGCUCAAGUUUCUCAGCGCAGCAGCUAGCCAGUUAAAGUUAACUUCAGCUGCGUUGGCGUCUUCAGCCGUGCCGACGGCCAUGACAGCGUUUUGCUAAAGCCAUUCACCUGCAUCACCUAAAUUCAGGCCCUGCCUUCUGUGAAGGGUACAAGUGUCUGAUCACUUUUUGUUUUCCUAACAAUGAUGUCUAAAAGCUAGCAGCAAUGAUUCCAGUCCCUGAUUUAGCAGUUUUAGAUUCAGGUUACUAAGCUGUUGUUCCAUAACAUUCCAGCAGGGGCUCUAACCUGUCUGACUACAUUUAACUGACCAAAUUUGUCAAUUUUUUUUUUUUUAAUUAUCACUGUCACUUUAUCAACAUCAGCAUCAGUCCAUGUAACACUCCAGGCAUUUAGCCCCGCCCAUCAGGGUAAUUGAUCAACAAGGUUCAAUGCUGUAAAUGUUGUGUCAACAAGUAAACAUAACCUGUAGAACCAAAGGACGGCUAGUACUUGGCACGCUACCUGUUGCCAGCAGGCCCCGCCCACCUUUAGAUAAAUUUAUGUUGAUGAACUGCCUUAACAUUUUUGAAAACUGAGAAACUGCUUUCAACCAAUCAAAUCAGGUGAAUGUGACGACGCGUCGUUCUUUACAUCUUUAAAUGUGUACGUCGGCAUCAGACCCGGAAAAAAAGACACUCGGCAGAUGACGGUUACAGCUCAAGAACCCCCCCCCUGUUGUCCACAGUUGUGUUUGAUAAUCCAAAAAGGACCAAAAUAUCCUUUCGAACCAUUCCAACCGACCGGCCUCAGCGUCCCACAGAUCACUCACUGUGUUCAGAUCUAUUCCUCAUUUAUUAAAAAAAAAAAA